AUGACCAAGACCGUCGACGCCAAGGAGGUCGCGAAGCACAACUCGCCCGAGAAUGUGAGCUUUAAUCCUAGGGAACUUGAAACUAACAGCAACAGGGUGUCUGGAUCGUCGUCCACGCUCCGUCGCUUCGCGAGGCACUACCGAACGGGGAGGCCACAGCAAGCUGGCGCUAGGAGUGGCUUGAAAGCUGACAGACAGGAGCAUCCCGGAGGUGCCGAGAUCAUCCUGCAGUACGCCGGCAAGGACGCGACUGAGGAGUACGACCCCAUCCACCCGCCCGAGGCCAUCAAGGAGAACCUCGACCCGUCGAAGCACCUCGGCAAGCUCGUCGGCGAGCUCCCGGAGGAGAAGAAGGAGGCCCCUCCUGCUCCUGCCGCCGCUGCGCCUGCCCAGAACCAGGUCGUCGCCGCCGCUCCCGAGCCCUUCGAGAAGCCUCCUCUCGACCAGAUCCUCUCGCUCCACGACUUCGAGGCCGUUGCCCGCGCUACCAUGAACCGCAGGGCUUGGAACUACUACUCGUCUGGCGCCGAUGAUGAGAUCACCAUGCGCGAGAACUACAACGCUUAUCAGCGCGUCUGGUUCCGCCCGCGUGUGCUCCGCAACGUCGGCACGGUCGACUACUCGUCCAAGAUCCUCGGCUUCCCCACCUCGAUGCCUAUUUACAUCACCGCCACUGCCCUCGGAAAGCUGGGUCACAAGGACGGUGAGGUCAACCUCACCAAGGCUGCCCACAAGCACAAUGUCAUCCAGAUGAUCCCCACUCUUGCUUCGUGCUCGUUCGACGAGAUGGUUGACGCCGCCGCUCCGGGACAGGUUCAGUUCCUCCAGCUCUACGUCAACGCCGACCGCGCCCGUACGAAAAAGAUCAUUGCCCACGCUGCUCAGCGUGGCGUCAAGGCUCUCUUCAUCACCGUCGACGCUCCCCAGCUCGGACGUCGCGAGAAGGACAUGAGGACCAAGUUCGAGGGCGCCGCUUCCAACCAGCAGACCAAGGGAGGUGAUAAGUUCAACCGUAACGAGGGUGCCGCCCGUGCCAUCUCGUCGUUCAUUGACCCCGCUCUCGCCUGGGAGCACAUCCCCGAGCUCAUCGAGGCCUCGGGUGACAUGAAGAUCAUCCUCAAGGGUGUUCAGUGCUGGGAGGACGCCGUCAUGGCUGCCGAGGCUGGUGUUGACGGUAUCGUUCUAUCGAACCACGGUGGUCGCCAGCUCGACUUUGCCCCCUCCCCCAUCACCAUUCUCCCCGAGGUUAUGUCGGCGCUCAAGACGCGGGGCCUCAUCGAGCGCCCGGGUCGCGCCAAGUUCGAGGUCUACGUCGACGGUGGUGUCCGCCGUGCGACCGACGUCCUCAAGGCCGUCGCCCUUGGCGCCACUGCCGUCGGUAUCGGUCGACCGUUCCUGUACGCCAUGUCGGCGUACGACGGCGUUCCGGGUGUCGACCGCGCGCUCCAGAUCCUCAAGGACGAGUUUGAGAUGAACAUGCGCCUCAUCGGCGCCCCGACGCUCGCCGACGUCACUGAGAACAUGGUCGACACGCGCGCGCUCGGCUACCCCGCCCCGGGCAACACGGUGUACUCGUACAACUACGAGCAGAUGCACCCGGUCGGGUACAAGGCCAAGCUGUAA